AUGGCGACUAUGAAGAAGAUCUUUGACGCCUACGAGGAGCGUGCGGCGGCGCUCCAGAAGAGCGACAACAAGUACGCGCGCGGCGUGGCGUGGAUCGAGGGCGAGCUGGUGCCGCUGCACGAGGCGCGCAUCCCGCUGCUCGACGAGGGCUUCAUGCACAGCGACCUGACGUACGACGUGCCGUCGGUGUGGGACGGCCGCUUCUUCCGGCUGGACGACCACCUGGACCGCUUCAUUGCCAGCUGCGGCAAGAUGCGCCUGACGAUGCCGAUGCCGCGCGAGCAGGUCAAGGCCACGCUCGUCGACAUGAUUGCGCAGAGCGGCAUCCGCGACGUCUUUGUCGAGAUCAUCGUGACGCGCGGCCUCAAGGGCGUGCGCGGCACCGACCCCAAGGACAUUGUCAACCGCCUCUACAUGUUCAUCCAGCCGUACGUCUGGGUCAUGGACCCCGCCGUGCAGAUGGACGGCUCCGGCUCCGCCGUCGUCGCGCGCACCGUGCGCCGCAUCUCCCCGGGCUCCUUUGACCCCACCAUCAAGAACCUGCAGUGGGGCGACCUGACGCGCGCCAUGCUCGAGGCCCAGGACCGCGGCGCCACCUACCCCUUUUUGACCGACGGCGACAGCCACCUGACCGAGGGCUCCGGCUUCAACGUCGUGCUCAUCAAGGACGGCGUGCUCUACUCGCCGGCGCGCGGCGUGCUCGAGGGCGUGACCCGCCGCAGUGUCAUCGACGCGGCCAAGACGCUCGGCUACGAGUUCCGCCUCGAGUUCGUGCCGAUCGAGAGCGUGUACCAGGCGGACGAGAUCCUCAUGUGCACGACGGCGGGCGGCAUUAUGCCCAUCACGACGCUGGACGGCAAGCCGGUGGCCGACGGCAAGGUGGGCCCCAUCACCAAGGCCAUCUGGGACGAGUACUGGGCGAUGCACUACCAGGACGCCUACAGCUUUGAGAUUAAGUACUAG